GAUGGAGCACCCGCUCAUAAUGCCAUUAUUGUAAAAUUACAAUUAAAUGAAAUGUUUGGAAAUCGAUGGAUGGGAACUCACGGGCCAGUGAAAUGGCCCCCACGGUCACCUGAUCUAACACCAUUAGAUUUUAUUUUAUGGGGCCAUUUAAAGACUGCUGUUUAUGCAGAACCACCAGCAAACUUACAGGAUUUAAUAAAUAAAAUAACGGUAGCGUGCAGACAAUUAACAAAAGAACAAAUUUUGGCAGCAACCUAUAGAGAAGUGAGUCGUCGACUGGAAUUGUGUUUAGAAAAAAACGGAGGAAAUUUUGAACAUUUUAUUAGAUAA